AAGGAAUAUUUCGUGUCUAAUAUAAAACUUAAAAAACCAUUGAAAUAUAAGCACAUGGAACAUCAAAAACGAGUAGCGGAAUUCAUAUCAGAUGCAUUAUGGUGUAAAGGUAAUAUAAAAUGCGCAGACGUCAUACUGGCAUUUCCUUGUGGUCAAUUUCCAGCUCACAAAUUAGUCAUAGGGGCUCACAGUCGUAUAUUUUGCGAGACUUAUUUGAGGGAACCCGAACUUACUUUCUACGACUUGAGAACACCCCAGUACAAUUAUGUGACAAAAGAUGGAUUCAAUAGAAUUAUGCGUUAUAUGUACACGGGAAUAUUUGAACCUAGCGAAGGAGAGGAUAAGGAAAUUCAAAAACUAGUUCAUGAUUUUUCUAUACUAGGGAUAUUAUUUCAACAGAAGGUGUGCUUUGAAACAAAGGAAUUGAAUCAAAUCACUCCUGAUAAAUUCAUAACCUCUAAUAAACGGAGCACAAACAACGAUGGUCAAAUUUGUCCGAAUAAAUUGUUAAACCAGGAUGCCAAUAUAAAGGCUAACAUUGUUAGUCCCAACAUUUAUAAUAAAUUUUCGCCACCUGUGAGAGAUAUACCGAUCCAAAUGAAAACUCUACUACCCAAUAAGUUGCCUCGUUUUCAAAACUGCGUUUGUAUGGUUGGGAACAAUCCUCCCUUAAACCCUUUAAAAUUCCCAAAACUUUUGCCCGGUAGUAUGAUAACCAUGAUGAAGCCGGAUAUGGGUGCAAUGAAAGAAGAGAACAAUAUCAUAUGCAAAACUUGUAGAAUGCCUUUCGCAUCCAAAUCAAUUUCUCCAAUCAAAAUACCCACCCAGUUCUCGCCACCCAUAAUGUCUUCCCAAGGAUUCUCUAUAAGCCCUUUAUCCAAAAUAACUCCUAUUCCACGAGCAAGUUUUAAUCUAAUGACAUCUAAUUUUCAAACAACCCAGAAUUUUAUGUCCCCUAUAAUAACAAACUAUCCCCUUCCACUUAACCCACAAAUGUUCCAGAUAAUGAAUCCUCCAAUAUUUCCUUUAGCGCCAUUUUCUACUCAAGACUUUGCGCUUCAACGUUCGCCAAGCAUAGGUGGAUAUUCAUCUCAAAUAUCGAGACCAAUACCAAUGGCUUCUAAAGAAGCGAUAAAUCCGGUCAUUAUGAAGUACAAUCAGACUGAUGUUGGCAAAACCAAUAAGGGGCCGAUCAUUAAAACAACAAAUGAAAUUGAAGAUGAAAAGCAUGACGACACAUCUAGCUCAAAACUUGGAUUCGUAUUGAUGGACAGAAGAAACUACCAAAAUAUGACAACGAAUCAAUUUUUGGCUUUAAAUUUACAAGAAAUUUUGCUUGUGCUGAAGGACGAUUAUCUUGCAGUGGAAAACGAAGUUGAGGUUUUUAGUAGUGCUUGGAAAUGGAUUUAUCACAAUAAACCUAGUCGCUGGUCUAAAAUAAGAGAAGUAAUGAAAUGUGUGAGGUUCCCUUUGAUGACGGUGAGACAAUUGCUUAUGGUGGCCAGAGAGAUAGAAAGGCUGGCUGAAGUCGAGGAUUUUUUACUUAAAGCUUGUUGGUAUCACACUUGUCUUCAAAUGGAUGCUAUGAACAAUAUGAUAUUUCCCAUAGCAAAACCCCGGAUUUGUUAUGGCCUCAAAGAAAUCGAUCCCUUUUCUAUCUAUAAUUAUCCAAUGCAUGAUAGGCUUGUACCCUUAUUAAGUCAAUGGAAAAAUAUUAUCCCAAAAACAUCAUUUGGAAAGGAUGACGAAGAUGGAAUAACCAAAAUUAUCAUGAACUUAGGGAAUGUUCAAGGCACUAAAAAAGAAGUAAUCUUGGAUAAAAUAGCUAAUAUGUACGAAGAUAUCCUGAAGUCAAGAAGGGGCGAUAUUCACGAGAAAGAUUCUUUAACCCUAUCAGAAGCUUUGGAGAGGCUUAAACAAUCUAUAAAUCAAUUACAUGAAGUAUCUGGUAAUAUCGAUAGAAGUGCUAGGUCUUCUAUUGGGAAACUUAGAAAGCCAAAAAAAUUUAGUUCCACCGGACAAGGAGUAAAAAUCAUUGAAAGUUUACCAGGAGAUUAUAAUAUGAAUUCUGGUUCCCAAGAACUGAUGCUACCCAUUGCAGAGGAAGAGUAUUCAGCAAAAGUUGAUCGCCAUCUAACGUCAUUAAAGAACAAGAAAAAACGCAAACCCAGUAAAAGCAAGAAUAAAAAUAAAAAAUAAAUAAUAUUCGAAAUCCAUCAAUGGAUUUUACCACCGGAUAAAUCAGUCAUUUCGCAAUUCCAUA